UCACAUAUCUCCAACUAAAAUUUAAGGAGCUUAGAAGAUCCAAAGACAUAUGAGAACUAUUCAGUUAAUAACCAAGCAAAAAGAUUAGGCAAACAUCUAUUUUUCAAAAAUGUAGUUGGGAUUUGAGAUCCCAAUAGAGCACUGAUGGAUUUUCCAACUCUCCACGGUCCCCACCCUCAUAACAUCUUUGAUUUUCAGGUCAUUGCCCAAGCCACUCCAAACUUGCACAAGCGCAUAACCCGUACACACGUUAUUACUGGAUAGUGCAAACUAAGUAGCUUACACUUUCUAUCGUAUGUACAAAUAUCUACUGGACAAUGCAAGAACAGUUCUACUCAAUUUUCUGGAGUGUGAGACCUGAUAGCUAUCCAGUUAAGACAUGCUACUUUUGUACAUAUCUUGGUUUUAUUUUCAGGUCCAUUCCUUGGUCCCCAACAAAUAUAAUCUGCAUUUUCCUACAUCUAACUCUGGGUGCGAGCAACUUCCCCAGAAAUUCCCGCAUGCCAUUUAGCUCCAAAUCCUUGCAGUUCCUCUGAAAUGAACAUUCUAGGAGUUGCCGUCUCUCAUUGACGAAAGUAGCCUCUGUAUUACUUGCAAUUUGGAAAAGGACAGGCCAAGAUGUCUCGAAAAGGACUGAUGGAGCAGGACCUGAGCAAGUUGGAUACAACACAGCUGCAUCCACUUUCUCCGGAAGUAAUUUCUCGUCAGGCUACGAUUAACAUUGGUACCAUUGGCCAUGUGGCUCACGGAAAGUCAACAGUUGUAAAAGCUAUAUCCGGUGUGCAGACUGUUCGUUUUAAGAAUGAGCUAGAGCGUAACAUUACCAUCAAGCUUGGGUAUGCUAAUGCCAAGAUAUACAAAUGUGAAGAAGAGCGCUGCCCUAGGCCCAUGUGCUACAAGGCAUAUGGAAGUGGAAAAGAAGACAGUCCCAUGUGUGAUGUCCCUGGUUUUGAGAGCUGCAAGAUGAAAUUGCUGAGACACGUGUCCUUUGUUGAUUGUCCUGGUCAUGAUAUUCUCAUGGCUACCAUGCUUAAUGGAGCAGCCAUUAUGGACGGAGCAUUACUUCUGAUUGCUGCCAAUGAGAGCUGUCCCCAGCCUCAGACUUCUGAACAUUUAGCUGCUGUUGAAAUUAUGCGCCUCCAACAUAUAAUAAUUCUUCAAAAUAAGGUUGAUCUUGUUCAGGAAAAUGUUGCCAUCAAUCAGCAUGAAGCCAUUCAGAAAUUUAUUCAGGGAACUGUCGCUGAUGGUGCCCCAGUUGUACCAAUAUCUGCUCAACUGAAGUAUAACAUUGAUGUUGUUUGUGAGUAUAUUGUGAAAAGAAUUCCGAUUCCUGUGAGGGAUUUCACUUCACCACCCAAUAUGAUCGUUAUUCGGUCAUUUGACGUGAAUAAACCUGGUUUUGAAGUUGAUGAGAUCAGAGGUGGCGUUGCUGGUGGCAGUAUUUUAAAGGGUGUGUUGAAGGUAAAUCAAUUGAUAGAGGUUCGUCCAGGUAUUGUUGUCAAGGAUGAAAGUGGCAACAUUAAAUGUACCCCCAUAUAUUCAAGAAUCGUGUCAUUGUUUGCCGAGCAAAAUGAACUACAAUUUGCUGUGCCUGGAGGACUUAUUGGAGUUGGAACAACCAUGGAUCCAACACUGACACGUGCUGAUCGAUUGGUGGGACAAGUUCUUGGGGAGGUUGGGUCACUUCCUGAAGUUUUUGUCGAACUAGAGGUGAAUUUCUUUUUGCUCCGUCGUCUUUUGGGUGUGAGGACAAAGGACACAGAAAAGCAGGGUAAAGUUUCAAAGUUGGCGAAGGGAGAAAUCCUUAUGUUAAAUAUAGGGUCUAUGUCAACUGGGGCUCGGGUUGUUGCUGUUAAAAAUGUGUUUGCGAAACUGCAGUUGACAUCCCCAGUGUGUACCAGCAAAGGUGAAAAGAUUGCUCUUAGCCGGAGAAUUGAGAAGCACUGGCGUCUUAUUGGUUGGGGUCAAAUUCAAGCUGGUAUUACUCUUGAUGUUCCACCGUGCCCCAUCUAAGUGAAUGGUUGGUGUCAAAUUCAAGCUGGUAUUACUCUUGAUGUUCCACCGUGCCCCAUCUAAGUGAAUCGAAUUAGUCAGUUUCUGAAAGAACGGGAAUUAAGUAGUGAAACAGCAUAAGACGGUAUUAGAUGUGGGAAGGCAGGAAGUUGCUGGGAACAAUUUUUGUCAGGUGGAGAAGAAAACAUUAUUUGAAGUUCUCGAUACUUUUAUGAUCUGCGAUAUUUUACUUUCCCUCUCAUUUUAUAUUCUCCCUCUCAUUUUUCUUUGCCUUGUCAAAAUGGUGUUGUACCUUGUAAUUCAAUAGUUUGGAUGGAUAAAAUGAGUUCCAUCGGAAAUAGUGAGCUUGCGGCAGCAUUUGAACCACCUUAAA